GAACUUUGUUGAAUGAAAAUUCAUGGUCAAGGUCGAUUGAAAUAAAAAUGAACUGUCAGUUCGAAAAAACGUGUAAGAAGGUACAGGAAUGAAUAUGAGCGGUUGGGAUUUUUCUCUUUCAUUUGAUACAGAUUUGUGUUAGCAUCAAAUUAUAAAAGGUGGAUUGGUAAAGUUGCUUAAAAUACAUGCCGUCUAGAUAUCACAGGAGGGCAGGACAGAAUUAAAAAACCAUACAUAACAGUUUAUGUUUGAUUUCAUAAGCAAGACCAAACAAGGUGUCUCCAUGUUGAAGUCGGAAUCACAGAUUCCGUUUGCAAAAUUCGGAACUAUGCCUGUUGAUUUCACAUCGUAUUUAUUGGCGUCUAGUCCGCCUGCAUCAUCGUUUGAAUUUUUAAACUUUUCUCAGCACUUGGACAAUACUAGGCUGAGCUUGAAUGGAUAUGUAUACAAAGACAGUAGCAUUGCAUCCUCUAUUUGUGCUCUGAAGCAACGGAAAUCUGAAUCAAAUUAUCAAAAGAAAAAUCGUCCAGAAUUAAAACCAAUUAUUACAAAUUUAAGCAGUUCAGGGGAAGAGGAUGGACAAUCAACUUCUGCAGAUUCACAAUCGCCGACACCACCUACAUCCCCAGGCAAGUCAAAAAAGAAAGUGUCAUUUGCAGAUCAUCGAGGAAUGGCACUUGCUUGUGUUAAAAUAAUGACUGAACCAUCAGAUGUACCUCCUAAAAUAAAGGAAGAGGUUUUAGCGGCAGUGCGUCAAGGUGCUACAGCUGGUGUCUCAGACCAGCCUCCUCUAGUCAUUAAUUUCCCUCAGCCAGCAUCAGAUUACUUGGCAUUUAGAGACCUUUUAGAGCAAAACUGUGUGUCACUUGAAAAUGUAAUUAUUAGAGAUUACAAAGUGUUAGGAACAAUAAAAGUUAAAAACAUAUCAUUUGAAAAGAGAGUAUUUGUACGAGUUACAUUUGAUUCAUGGGAGAAUUGUUUAGACGUUGAAGGUGUUUUCCUUCAAGGUCAGCCUUCAGCAUCAAAUAAUAUUGACACAUUUUCGUUUGAGUUUGAUGUUCCCACAGACUUGGAUAGAAAUUCAGUUGUUGAAUUUGCUGUAUGUUUCGAAGCAAAUUCGCAACAGUAUUGGGAUAACAGGAAAGGAGAAAACUACAAAAUAACAAUUUGCUCUGAAACCAGUUUUGUUACACAGCCAGAUGGACAAAACAUAACAGAAGAUAAACCUUUAAAGAACGUUGACUCGUGGACUGAAUAUGCUUCAUGGAACAAGGUUGAUACAACAAUACCAUACUGGUGAAUUUAUCUGUGUACAUGUAUGCAAAUUAUAUAUAUAAGACAAAUUAAAGAAAAUUUACAUUUGAUGUUAAUUUGCCAAAGAAAUGAAAACUUAAAUACUGUACAACAGUACAAAUGUAUCAUAUCAGAAGAUAUUUGGUUGUUUUUUCAGAUAAUGAAUGGAUAAAGCUUUAAUCAUAUUUAGUAUUUGAAUUCCGUAAUUUGCUCAUGGUUAUAAUCCAUUAUCAAGAAUUACAUAUUUUUUUUAUAUUUUCAUGCAUUUCAGCUUAUGAUAUUACAAAUCCAAUGUAUUAAAGUCUGGGUUUUUUCUCAUUUAAAUUUCAUACAUAUUCAUGUACAAUGUACUUGUAGUAUUAAAGUGCCAUAAUUUUAUGUAACUUUGCAUAAUACAUCAUCUAUCUUCGCCACUUUCAUUUUGACAAAUUUGUAUUAAAAAGCAGAGUUGAGAUUAUCUGUGCUACAAUUAUGCAAUAUUGUUACAUCAGUAAAACUUCAGGACUUAAUGAUGUAUAUUACUUAUUCUUUAUUGCCAACUCUUGCAGAUUGAUUUUACUAUAGUAAAUUGAAUUUUCAUUGAUUUUUGUGAAAAACUGUCAGGAAAUAUAAAGUCAUUUAAGGUUAUUUAAAAUAUCUACAUGUAUUGGUGCGUGUCAGUUUUCAUUGAUUUGGCAAUCCCAAAGUUAUUACUGCCUAUAUAUACAUCAUGUACAUGUUGUUGACCAGUGAUGACCACACUUGGAUGUCUUCCAGACAAACCAGAUACACCUUCCCUUUUCUAUGUUUAAAUCAGUAAAUCUGUAUUUUUGGCUUCCAUAUACUGGUAGGUUAAAAGUACACAGAAUGAAUCAUGUAUAUUGAUUUUUCUGUCCUUGAUAUUAAAUGUCCUUUAUCAGAUUGAAGUUUAAAAAACAACUUUGUUAUAAUGUAUUGGCUGCCAUACAGUGUCCUUGAGUUGGUCAUGUUGGUUAGCAAACAAAAUAAAUGACAUACAUUGCAAAAACAUGAAUUUUACUAAAAUUUCAUCAAUUAACUGAUUAAUCAAACAUAAAAAAGUCAAUUACAGAUACCUCUUUAUUCACUUUAUUGUUAGGUAUUUGUACAUUUACAUGGAAAGUACAUUGUGGAACAUAUAUACAAAAAUGUACAUUGUACAUGUACUGCAUAUCAAUUAAAAUUCUUUCUUACAGUAAAGAUUUACACAAUACUGUGGUCAAGUGAUUUUAUCCGAACCAACAAUCAGUACCUCCAAUGAAAUUGCAAAGGGCAUUAUACAAGUGGGUCUAUUUACAUGAUUGUUGAAAUGACCUAUGUAGGCAUAUAUACAUGUAUAAUGUAAAUGUACAUGUAGUAUAUAUAGCAUUUUACAAGUGGCUCUAUUUACAUGUUGAAAUGUUUAUAUUGUCAUAAAUGUUAACGUAGUACAUGUUGUACAAUAUUAUAUAUAUAUAAUGCACCUACCUUGAAAGUGCUGAGUUUUAAUCAACUUUGCAGUAAUUCAAAACAUGUAGUUUUGAGAAAAAAAUACAAUGUCUUGACUGUAUUUGCCAGAUUUUCAGUGCCAGUAUUUGAAAGUAACUUAUUUAUUACAGUAUAAAAUAAUUGUAGUAAAAUAAUUUACAUUAUCCUGUACCUUCAUUUUUUGCAGUUUCAUAAUCAUUCAUUAAGAAACGGGUAAAAAGGGCAGACAACUCUUGGAAUAUUCUAUAUUAGACUAUAUUAUAUUUCAGUGACUUGCAUAAGAGAUAAAAGAGUUUGUUUUGUCUGCCAUGUUGGUAAAAGUGUACACAUGUUCAUAUCAUUUUACUCAUGCAUAUGUACAUGUAACUCAUACAUGUCAUAUUGCAAGAUCUCAUAAAACAUGCACAGUAUAAAGCUUAUGUGAACAAGUCUACAGUUUAGUUAUAAGGGCAUUUUAAUGCAGGAAUAUAUAUAUUUUUGUAUAUUUUUGUACAAAAGUUAUUCUGUGAAACAUAACUUGCAAAAAAGUAAAAAUGAAUGAUUGUGUCACAGUGUGUAUGUGUGCCAGAUAUACUAAGUUAUGUUUUAAUUUAUUUAUUGCUUAAGUUUAAUUUUGUGAAAACUAAUGUAUACAUGUUAUUUCUCUUAGCCUUGUUAAUUGCACUCAUGCAGAGCUAUAAUAUGAAUAUUUUGAAAACCUGAUUUUUCCUUACUGAAAUCUUACUACCUCAUACUUGGCUUAAUGCAUUAUCUUAACAUAUGAACCGCCAGAAGCCAAAUGUUUUGCAAGAGGGAUCCGUUUUCAUAAAGAUUUACAUUUUGUAAGUGGGAGUGACGUGUUAGUGCUGAAAGGUCAUUUUCUUACCAAAAAUUUGUUCUUAUAGAAGUUGUGAAAAACAUGUAUUGUCAUUAUGUGGUCUUAGAAGAUGUUAAGGGAGGUGAUGGACAGGGGUAAGGGAAAAUGUGAAUGAGGAGGCUGGGAGAGCGGGAGUAAAAAUAGAGCUUGAAAUGUUUUUUUUUAAUGAUUUAUGUUUAGGAGUAAGGGGAGGGAAGUGGGGGUUGGGGGAUAGGGAAGUGGGAACCAGGGACCUCCCUGUCCACCCCUCUUAAGGUCUGCCUGUAUUCAACUUAGGUUCUUAUUUAUUCAUUUGUAAAAUAAACCAUAUAAAUUUUGUAAUUCCAAUGUGUUUCUCCUAGAGAAAUUUUUAAAAAUGUGAUACAUUUUUGUAGCUAAACUCAUUUUAUGCUUAUAUAUAUACUUAUAUAUUUCUUCUAUAUACUUUGAAUAACCACUGCAAUAUUAAUGGGAGCUGUGUGCUGUAUAAAAGUUGUUAAUAAAUUGUCAACAAUCUAUUAAGAUCUGUUAUUGCAUUUUACAUUAAAAGUUGUUACAAUGUA